AUCUUGACUAAUCAUAAAUAGCUAAAAGGUCUCACUGUACUGAGCUGUGGAGAAAAGCAGCUCAGGAAGUGAGAUCUUAUUUAAACAAUCUCUCUGCUGUGUGAGGGAACAAAAGGAAAAAAAAGGAUAAUGUGCUAAUUGAUUGUAAUGGUGAACAUAUGACACAGAGAGAGAUACUACAAAGGUUGCAAAUGCAGCCAUUGGUUGCAAAAUUACUUUUUCAUCACUAUCAUAAGUGCAAUUGGUCAUAGUAAUUUCAAGUAAUCGUGAAAUGUGUGCUUUAUCAUAUCUGGAAGGCAUUUAGUUGGGGAAAACUGCACUAGAGGCCUCAGCUCUGAGUCUGGAACUAAAGUAAUUGUUUAAUCCUGUAAAAUAUACUGAAGGUUAAACUGACAACUGAAUAUGAGAUUUGUUAGAGUCCAUUUAUAGAAAUAUGGGCAUGAAUCUUGGAAUACCACUCGACCCUGUUCUUAUGACAUUGCAGCCUUUCAAUAGCUGUUCUGUACCUAAACCAAUUAAUAGGAAAAACAAAGUCCAGUUGCCUUUUGAAAAAGCAUCUUUGGGACAAUCAUGACCUGGAUGACUGAGAAUCUCCACAGACAUUUAGAUAAAUGAGCAUCUGUAUGGCAUAUGAAAAGAGAAAAAGGUGUUUGGCAAAGACUGGAUUGUGAAUAAAGUCUCUCUCUCUUUCCAGCAGUCCCAUGUGUGGGGAAGCUGUGUUGGGAGCUAGAAUUUCUAUGGUGAGGAGUGUUGAAUAUGUCAAUAAAUAGCUGCCACGAACACCAUGUAUAAGAACUGCAAAGCAACGUUUCCAAUAGAAGCUGUGCAGCUAAUUGCUGAUGGCCAAGCUCCUCGAAUACCUCAGCCUGAAGAAGGUGCUACAUAUGAAGGCAUCCAGAAGAAAGAAAAUGCCAAGAUUUCUUGGGAUCAACCAGCUUUAUCUUUGCAUAACUGGAUCAGAGGACAUGAUAAAGUACCUGGAGCCUGGGCAGAAAUCAAUGGCCAGAUGGUUACUUUCUAUGGCUCAUCCAUUCUUGAUGGCUUAACAUCUCCAGGUGAAGAGCUGGAAAUAAAAGGUGCUGCAAAACCUGGUCUGGUAACUGACAAAGGUCUGGUUCUCUUUGGCAAUGAUGGAAAGACGUUGCUAGUAAAGAAUCUUCAGUUUGAAGAUGGAAAAAUGAUCCCAGCAUCUAAAUAUUUCUCUACCGGUGAGGUAGCCGCAAUAGAACUUACUGAAGAGGAGAAGAAUGUGGCAGAAAAUAUUAAGUCCAUUUGGAAGGGAAUUUUGAGCAACGUGGCUGUAAUUGAGGACACCACUGACUUCUUUAAAGCUGGAGCAACAUCAAUGGAUGUGGUUAGGGUGAUUGAAGAGAUCAAGCAAAAAUGUGCUGGACUUGAACUUCAGAAUGAAGAUAUUUACAUGGCCCCCAAAUUUGGUGAUUUUGUUCAAAUGGUAGUCAGAAAGCACAGAGGAGAAGACAAGGAAGAAGAAUUAGUGAUAGAUUAUGUUUCAAAAUAUAUUAACCAUAUGACUAUAAAGAUGCCAUGUCAGUGCUUUAUCAAUGGGAAAUUUGUAAAUGCUGAAAGUGGAAACACAUAUGACUCUAUAAAUCCAACAGAUGGAUCAGUGAUUGCUAAAGUGUCACUGGCUACAGUGAGUGAUGUUCACAAAGCAGUGGCAGCAGCAAAGGAUGCCUUUGAAUACGGUGAAUGGGGAAAGAUGAAUGCAAGAGAAAGAGGGCAAUUAAUGUACAGACUUGCGGAUCUGAUGGAAGAACAUCAAGAAGAGCUGGCAACCAUAGAGGCUAUUGACUCUGGAGCUGUGUACACAUUAGCUUUGAAGACCCACGUAGGAAUGUCAGUGCAAACAUUCCGAUAUUUUGCUGGAUGGUGUGACAAAAUACAGGGUUCUACCAUUCCAAUAAACCAAGCACGACCAAACCACAAUUUAACGUUCACCAGAAAAGAACCCUUAGGAGUCUGUGCUAUUAUUAUUCCAUGGAAUUAUCCACUGAUGAUGCUGGCAUGGAAGAGUGCGGCAUGUUUGGCUGCUGGCAAUACUUUAGUUCUGAAACCAGCACAGGUAACUCCGCUGACUGCCUUGAAAUUUGGAGAGCUCUCUCUGAAAGCUGGAUUUCCUAAAGGCGUUAUCAAUAUUUUACCUGGUUCAGGUGGUUUAGUAGGACAACGCUUAUCAGAACAUCCAGACAUCCGUAAACUUGGGUUCACUGGCUCAACACCAAUUGGGAAAUAUAUCAUGAAAAGCUGUGCUGUCAGUAACCUGAAGAAGGUUUCUUUGGAGCUGGGUGGAAAAUCGCCACUGAUCAUAUUCAAUGACUGUGAGCUUGAUAAAGCUGUGAGAAUGGGCAUGGGAGCAGUAUUCUUCAACAAAGGAGAGAAUUGCAUUGCAGCUGGUAGAUUGUUUGUUGAGGAAUCUAUUCAUGAUGAAUUUGUUAAAAGAGUGGUGGAAGAAACCCAAAAGAUGAAAAUAGGUGAUCCACUUGAUAGAGCUACAGACCAUGGACCUCAAAAUCACAAAGCACAUUUGGAAAAGCUUCUAGAAUAUUGCCAAACUGGAGUAAAAGAAGGAGCAACUUUAGUAUAUGGAGGGAGACAAGUAUGCAGACCAGGCUUCUUCAUGGAACCUACCAUAUUUAUCAAUGUUGAGGAUGACAUGCAUAUUGCCCAUGAGGAAUCCUUUGGGCCAGUGAUGAUCAUUUCCAAGUUCAAAGAUGGAGACAUUGAUGGAGUGUUAGAACGAGCCAACAGAACAGAAUAUGGUUUGGCUUCAGGUGUUUUCACCAAAGACAUAAGCAAAGCACUAUAUGUCAGUGACAAACUGGAAGCUGGAACUGUUUUUAUUAACACUUAUAACAAAACUGAUGUGGCAGCACCAUUUGGUGGAUUCAAGCAGUCUGGUUUUGGAAAAGAUUUAGGUGAAGAAGCUCUUAAUGAGUACCUGAGAACAAAAGCUGUAACUGUGGAAUACUGAACAGCUCAGCCAAGAAGCCCCAUUCUUCCUCUGACCCAUAGCAACUACAGGAUUAUAAACAAACAACAAAGUAAAAAUGUUUCCUGGCAUGGACAUGCCAACCAGUGUCUCAGUGCAAUGAUCCAAUUAAGCACAUUUGCAUUUAUUCACAAUAGGAUUCCUCAAAGGAGUUCAACUCUUGCUACGGAUUACUGUGAUCAUAAAUUUUUCCUUCUUAUAGCUAUCAUGUUCUCCUCCAUCUGCUGACAUUUAGGUCUAUCUGAAGGUGAGACAGAAAUCUAGAAACCAUCAAAUUUCUCAUAUUUCGUCUCUGCGAACCCUUUACUUAAGUUGGAAACAUGCUAUAAUUUUUUAUUUGUCCUAAGUAACUAUGUGGAUCUUGGCCACAUUACACCAGCAUCAUACUUUUUUCCUGCAAUAAACAUUUUGCAUAUUUGAACUAACUCAGAAAACCAGUUUACCAUAAACUUGGUUUAUGUAUCCAAGGAAGUGCACUUACAAUAAAUCUGUACAAUAGUGAAUUGAACAUCUCUGUUAUUCCCCUAAAUAAAAAAAAGUUGUAGAACUAUUUUGUAAUCUGUUUGCCAUUGAGUUGUACGUAAUCUCUAAUUGUGGGUGCCAAUUACAUUAAAUAAAUGCUUUUUUGAUGUCCUGUAGUAUUUCAUGACCUAGUAUUACAUCUGUAAGAUAACUUCUCUCGUUCUCUCAUACAUAACACAAUGCUCUAAGUCAAUGGUUCUCAACCUUUUUAAUACCGUGACCCCCAACCGGUUGUAAGUCGAGGACUAAACCGAUCGUAAGUCGAGGACUAAACCGUCAUAAGCUGAGGACUAUCCAACCGGUCGUAA